AUGGCUCGUAUUUCAUUCCAUAGAUUCCCAAAGAACACUGAGAACUACAAAAGAUGGAUAGCCGCCAUAAAACGAGAUGAAGGGAGGCAAUUUCAAGUUUCAUCAGCUACGAAGGUAUGCUCGAGGCAUUUCCUCCCUGAAGACUUUCUCCCGAACGUGGCAAGUGGAUUGAAGCUACUUCGCGACAAUGCUGUACCAUCUCUGUUCAGCUUCAAGAAGCCAAAACAGCGGCGCCGUGCUCCUCGGGCAAGAGCACCACCACCCGUUCCUUCGCAACCAAACACUCCUACGGAACACCUCCCCGUAGGAGGUAGCCAGAGUGACGAUUCAGAGUCACCAGUCCUCCAAGACCUAUCGCCGUCAACUUCAGCUCAGACAGAAUGUGCAUGCACAUGCAACCUUGCAGCAAAAGUUGCCGGCCUUGAAGAAGAACUUGUGAAGCACAAAGAAGAGAUAAGAAAACAACAAAUAGAAAUCAAUGCGAGCAGAGCUCUACUGAAAGAGAGAAGCGAUCAAGUCCACAAGCUUCGUUCGGACUUGGAACACGUCUCCAUCAAGCACAGGAAGCUGCAGGAAGAAAGCCGUGGCUUUGGCAUUCAAAAGUUCCAGUCAAGUAAUGUCGAUGUCCAAUUCUACACGGGACUCCCAUCAUACGCCCACUUCCAAGAGCUUUUGAAAUUUGUUGAACCUGGGAAUAAAGGGGAAAACAUCAUCUACUGGAAGAGUACUGCGACAUCAGAAGACGAAAGGAGGGGACGACCUCAGAAACUUUCAAUUGAAGAUCAGCUGUUUCUUGUCCUUGUAAAGCUGAGGGUAGGACUUUUCCAUAAGCACCUGGGUCAUCUGUUCAAUGUUUCAGAGACCACAGUAUCCAGAGUGUUCCUUACUUGGAUGAGUUUUCUCUACCUGCGUCUGACUGAACUGCCACUGUGGCUCCCAAGGGACGUCGUGGACACCCUCAUGCCAGCCACGUUCAAAGACAAAUAUCGCUCUACGCGAGUGAUCAUUGAUGCUACUGAGCUGCGGUGCGAGGUAUCUAGCUCACUAGUUACGCAGUCUGGAACAUACUCUUACUACAAGUCGGCAAAUACCUUUAAGGGCCUCGUGGGAAUAUCGCCAAAUGGACAACUGACAUUUGUCUCGGAACUAUUUAUGGGCUCAGUAUCGGACCGUGAAGCGGUCGUCAAGAGUGGAUUCUUGGAAAGGCCAUUUGAGUUCGGAGAUGCUGUGAUGGCCGACAAAGGCUUUAAGAUUCAAGAUCUCCUAGAAAAGAAGGGAGUUCUCUUGAACAUUCCUCCCUUCCUAACAAAGGGUCAGUUUCCAACUGCAGACGUCCAGGAAACGAAGGACAUUGCGUCUCUUCGAAUCCAUGUGGAACGAAGGAUCCAAAGGAUUAAGACAUUCCACAUUCUGGACCGCCCGAUAGCCAUCUCCCUGGCCCCUAUUGCCAAUCAGAUAUGGACGGUCUGCGCCAUUCUAUCAAACAUGCAGUCGCCUCUGAUGAGGUACUCCGAGUAA